AUGCUUCUGGAUACUCAGCCAGUGCUUUUCUACUCGAGUGGACACACUACGUCAGAUCACCGAAUCCCCCAUCAUUCACCCUCCGAUCAUCUUCAAACCCGCCCAUUUCCCGCAUUCCUUGUGUCAUCCAAGGAUCCCUCCAAGCUGGCAGGAAACAAGCGUCGCAGCUUUUCUUCGCAGGGUGGGUUGCUGAACAGAAUGUUCAGUGGCGCCUCGAGCCCACCCAAAGACAAAACAGAACCGACCCCGAUCCCGGGGUCCUACAACGACGCGAGCCUCCAGCCGGAAAACGCUAGUCCUCGAGACAAGAGGUUCUCGCCGCCUAGCAACGGAUUUUUCACUCGCCGACAGAGCGACGAUCAGGCCCCCGCGGCUGACAAGGACAAGCGUCGUCGCAGUAGCACUGUCAACAAGGCUGCUAGCUUUUUCAGCAACGCCCGGAACUCUUUGAGUCUUAACGGGGGCAACUCAAACGUGAAGGAAUAUUCGGGCAUUAGUAGCAGUCCGCAAAGUUCAGACAGCCCGCUACAGAGGCUUGGGAAGAUGGAUCCAGCCUUGAGUGUUCCCCAAGGGUCGUACAAUAACUCCGCAGGUGAAUCAGGCCCUACCGCAAAAUCAUCCUUCCGAGUCGGCGUCACAGAAGACCGGAAUAGAAAAUGUCGUCGGACUAUGGAAGAUACGCAUGCAUACCUGUACAACUUCCUAGGCACCCCGGCCCCGAAUGCAUCGCCCGACUUAGAUGGCACCUCUCCCCCCCGUGACUCCCGCUCGGGAGAGCUGUCAAACGUGGUAGAAACAGACAAUGGCUACUUUGCUAUAUUCGACGGGCAUGCUGGUACCUUUGCGGCGGAGUGGUGUGGCAAGAAGCUGCAUUUGAUCCUUGAGGAGAUUAUGCGGAAAAGUCCUAACGCACCUGUCCCUGAGCUUCUCGAUCAAACCUUCACAAGUGUUGAUCAACAGCUGGAAAAACUACCAGUCAAGAACAGUGGGUGUACUGCAGUGACCGCUGUGCUUCGCUGGGAGGACCGCGUGCCGAGCUCACACUCGGCCACCGGUUCAGCCGCUCUUGCCCCGGCCGCUGCGUCUGCGAGUAAAAACGAUAGUUCGGAGGCUGCUGAAACGCCGACCCAAGACACGCCGAUGGGAGGAUCGGCCCUUCCCAAGUUACAAGAAAACGCCGUUCGCCAGCGGGUCUUGUACACGGCCAACGUGGGCGAUGCACGAAUCGUGUUGUGUCGCAACGGGAAAGCUCUUCGUUUAUCGUAUGACCACAAGGGAAGCGAUGAGAAUGAAGGCAAGCGCAUUGCCAAUGCCGGUGGUCUGAUCCUUAACAACCGUGUCAAUGGCGUGCUAGCGGUCACCCGAGCUCUGGGCGACGCUUAUCUCAAAGACUUGGUGACAGGGCACCCCUACACCACUGAGACUGUCAUCCAGCCCGAUGCGGAUGAAUUUAUCAUUCUUGCCUGCGAUGGACUAUGGGAUGUCUGCACCGACCAAGAGGCCGUCGAUCUUAUCAGAAAUACUCAAGACGCACAGCGUGCCUCGAAGCUCCUGGUCGAACACGCACUCGCACGUUUCAGUACCGACAACCUGUCCUGCAUGGUGAUCCGACUCGACUCCAACCGCGUAAAGGAUGUGGUGAACAAAAAAUCCGAGCAUAUUGGCGUGGAUGGCGACCCAGCCUCACGCGGCAUGAGUGAAGCCGACAAAAUUGUGGAGGAUGCACAGAAGAACAUUGCAAGCCAAGAAAGCAAUAACCAGGAGCUUGCAGAGCAGGCCGGUCUAGACAUUCCCCGGAAGUCAAGCCAAGACCAAAAACCCGGGUCUGAACCAAUACUUGAGGAGCUCACUGAUUAA